GUGGGCUAAUACCCGAAAAAAUAAUAUAUUUGACAGGCUCACAGAGAGAGAAACCCCUAUUAGAUAAAAGCCGUAGCUACUCCAUCGUUGUAAAAAUAAAAAUAAAGCAAGCACACUGGAAAUGCACAAUCCAUCAUAAAUAAUCGGUGUUUGGCCAUCGUUUUACAAGGAUGAGGCAACCUUUACCUCCGGAAAACUGAUCAUUGUCAUGAUUUUCAAUCAAAUUAGAUUGCGGCAAUUAAGGGAAAGUCAAUUGUGAAGUGGUGAAGGUUAAAGCAAAGGAAAACGAAUUUUAAGUCCGCAUCUCAUCACUGUUCGCAAGGAAUAUUUAAUAAGGAAGUUUUACUCGAAGCGUUUAGCAGGGCGUAAAUGGCGAUACUUGGCAGCUAUUGUAGUUGGUUUUCUCACUUCCUCAAGGGAUGGCGACACAGUCGUAGGUGUGUCGUCUGCAAUUUUUAUUUUUUUUUAAUUUCUAACCGCGACAUUAGAAUGCAUAAUGGUUCCACGUGGGUGGGUAUAAGUCUUGCUGUGUCAACAAAAAGAACAAAACGCUAUUCAGUAAUUUAAAAUUGUAGGGGUUGGGCCAUGGUCAUCAGGUCACUAAUAGUCAGGGCCGAGUAGAGGGCGGAUACACCGCCGCGGAGUCGGCUCCAAUUUUAUCUUCACCUUUCUCCAAACAACUCUACCACUAAGUUUAUUAACUCACCAUUCGUUCUUCAUAUCUAUUGUAAUGGUGUGGCCCAGGAGACCUAAAGGGGCACGACCCCUGGCAGUUUUGAGUGACUCUGGCUGCUCUCGUGGCGGUGUCGGGACUCGGAGUGUGAGUCUAGUAACGUGGCAGACCGGUAACUAGUGGGCUGUGCUGUGGAACAAUCAUCAUAAACAUGGACGUUAUAGCAAGUGAUAAGACGGAUAAUACGAAAGAUUUUGUUCUCCAAUAUUCCAACAAUGAUUUUGUGUACUCUACAUGCAGCGAACAUGGCCAAGUCCUGAGGUCAGCUUUUGAUUCAUUACUCCUGGAAAAAUGGAAGGUGGCAAAAGAAGCUGAUUUAUUUAAUUAUCAAGUUGAUGAUGUUGAAACAAAAAUUUUACCUGGAAGAUUUGAGUUUGUGGCUCAGAUGAAUGCCAACCGGAAGACAAUGAGGAGAAAACCACAAAAUAUGUUACAUAUAUUGCAGCCUUUUGAUCCUGAAAAAUUCAAUUUCACCAAGAUUAAACCAGAAGAAAUUCUUGCAAACUUAUGUUAUGAACAUAUCAGUCCACAGAGACCAGAAUCAGGGGAAAAGGUAGGAAGAGACACAAGAAACUUAGAAGCUAGCCUCAUCAUCAACAAUGCUCCAAUCUGUUGUAGCCACAGUUUGGUUGUUCCUUUUCUGGCCCACUGUCAACCCCAAGUACUCGAACAUAAAGGCCUCUUGAUGGCUCUCCAUACACUUCUAUUGUCUCAGACGCCAGAUCUUAGAAUUGCUUAUAAUUCUCUUGGUGGUUAUGCAUCAGUGAAUCAUCUCCACUUUCACUUAUAUUACCUGCCCUACAAGCUUCUCAUUGAAACUGCAGAAUGUGAGAGACUAGCAGGCCCUUGUUACGUCUUCAAGGACUACCAUGCUCCGGGUUUUGUGUUUCAACUUGAAAAUGGAGACAUUGAUAGAUUAAUAAGAUCAGUAAUGAUUGUCAUCAAGCUGUUCCUGGAAGAAGAGAUGGCUCACAAUAUGUACAUCACUCGAGGAACUUCUCUUGAGGGUUCUUCCCAUAGUGGUAGAUACAACACUAUAAGAGUGGUUCUCUGGGCACGCAAACUCUGCUAUGGGAUCAAGGAUAUAUCAGUUUUUGCUGCAGCAGCUUGUGAACUUGCUGGACAUCUUCCCAUAUACUCAUCUGAUCAUUGGUGCAGCCUAUCGGAGGAGGAUAUAACUCCUACUACAAGGAUUGUGUGCGAAGAAUCUUUUGCCACCAUUGUUCCAAAGAUUGUCAAACUGUUUGGUGAAAUUAAUAACACUUCAGCAGGAGUGGCUCUCAAUGUAGUUGAUUCUGGUAGUUGAAAAUAAUUUGUCAUAAUUAAACCAAUGUAAUGUAUAGUUUUGUUUUAGCACCACAGUAUUGUAAUAUAUUUUUACACUGAAUAUUGUUGAAAUUUUGAGACAGUACUUGGGUGAUUUUUAUGUUUCUCUGUAGCUAUAUGGAGUAUGAUAUCCAGUGCUAUUGGUUUUGAAGAUUUUUGUUCAGCUAUUCCUUUAGGUUUAAUUAUAGAUAUUUUAAUCUUUAGGGCGAUUAUGGGAUAAUAAGACCAGUCAAAGUUGAACUCGAACGUUAUAAUUCGGUCAAACCUGUUGAAUACAAUUCAUCCUUAGUAUUUCAAAUAAUAAAUCACAUGUAGGUAAUCAUACAUAAAUGUCUAAUUGCCAUAUUUCCAUGUUGUCACAAAGAUAAACAAUACAAUGGACACAGUCUACCUAAGUAAACUUAAGUACAAGUUUAACUUACAUGUUGAAGGUCUCAAACUGAAUUGGUUAUGUGUUCACCCUAUGAUGGAAGCAACUAGAGUGUUGGAGCCAUUCGCCUCAGCCUUGCCUUGGCAAACACAUGUUGCUGAGUCUGGCAUUUUAUAUACAAACUAGUCCUCCCCACUACCACACAACACCAUACUACUCCUUGUCUCUGUAACUCUACUAACUAGAUACUUUAUAUACUGGCAGGCACGCCCAAUAAACAUGACAUGACUUACAACAUAACAUAAUAUUUGUCUAAGGGUUAUCCUACUCAUUACUGCUUGCAGUAACAUUAUCAUGGCCAAAUGGUUUGAGUUUAAGCUUUGAAUGUAAGGGUUAGGAGAGGGCAAGAAAUUUUGUGUUGUAUGACUCUUCCCACUUAAGUAUUAAUGACUACCAUUUCAUUUAAGAAGGUAAAUUGUAAUUCCUAAGCUGCAUUGAUUUUGUUGUAAGCUAACCAGUGAGCUUAUGUGCUGCUACAACAUAUGUCUCCAGCUUUUAGAUUUCUAGUACAGUACUGGUCUGUAAUCUACUGUAAUAUCAGACAUGGGGUAAUUGUAAUUAGUAAGCAUAAUCAAUUACAAUCGAUUUCAUUCUUAUACAGGUACUCCCCGACUUACGACCUACUCGACUUACGUCCACCCGCACUUACGACCGCCUCAGUUGUACCAAAAUUUGGUCAAAUUAUGUAUUUUUGAGUCCC